AUGGCCUCCUUCAUGGUUAAUAAGAGGGUUUUCUUUGUGCCACAGAUGAAGCCCGUGCUUCUGCUUGCCAUUGUUCUGCUGCAGCUGAGCUUUCCUUGUGUUCAGCUCGCCAGCUUAAAGGACAAAGAGGAACAAGGCGUGAAAAGUCAAAUAGACGUAUUUCAUUUUGAUGCUCAAAAGGGGGUUACUCUUACAAAGGUUAGCCCAGGAAGCGAGGCUAAGUCUGUAACAACAAGCAAGCUCAAAAUGUUGGAAUUAGAAGCAAAAUCCAUUCUCAAGGCCGAUCUGGGAGACGUCGUCCCUCCACUUGUCAAAGACUCCAUUCCGAUUGAGCAGGCGAAAUCAGAGAGGCAGUUGGAGCAGGAAUGGAGGAUGUCUCACGGUCUCUUUGUCGACAACGUUAACCUGCAGUGGGUCCCCUGGAAUGGCUCCCUCCCCGAUGGCGCCGUGUCCAUCCUGAACGGGUACGCCUCUCGCACAGACUACGUCUGCAAGUUCAAUUGCGAGGCUGGCUUCUACAAUCCAAACAAGGGCCCGUACUGCUUAUAUCCCUAUGCCGAUAAAGAGUUUUAUGCAUCUACAUUCGAUAUUCUGGUAAACCGGGACAAUUUUGAGUUUACAGAGUGGCUCUCGGGUUCCUACGGGUCCGUUCCAGAUGCUGGAAUCCGAACCUGUGCAGGAGUUGGCAUCUAUGUAGGAAAGAACAAGUAUGGGCUCGGUAAGGUAGUCCCUCAACACGGGGCAUUCUUCUUGCCAUGGGAGGGUAAGGAGUACUGGUACAAGAAUUACCAAGUCAUCUCCAUCAACACCGCCACCUACAGUCAGCACAUCUCUCACGUGGUGUAUGGAAUCGAUCAGAUCAAGUUCUUUCAACACCCUCCCGAAACGUUAAAGCUGUCCACGGUUGUAAACAACGAAUGCCAUACAGUCAAAAAGACGGUCAUCUUGGAGAAGACUACCGAGAUCGAGAGGCACUGGGACAUCGGUCGCUCUGUCCGCAACGACUCCCAUUCCAGCAUCAGCGCCCAGAUCCCGCAGUUGGGUGUAGGAUCCGUGGAAUUCACCAAAGAGAAAUCAUGGCAGUUUUCACAAGGCACUUCAACCGCAGAGUCUACCACCCAUAAGAUGUCCAUCGAAGUAAGUGCCCCACCUGGUCAUUCGUGCGCCGUGCGGAUGGAAGGUAAGAAGAUCAAACUGGAUAUUCCCUUCACUGCACGACUCAGCCGUACAUACAUUAAUGGGGAAACCCAGUGGACCUCCAUCUCGGGCAAAUAUGAUGGAGUGCAAGUCGGAGAACUGAAAGCCAUCGUGGAACGCUGUGAGCCAAUCGCCGAUGCCAAACCCUGUCCGGCAGCAUAA